AUGGUCGAAGACAAAAAUCAAAAUGUAGAACUAACAGAUCAUGAAGCUGAAUUAUAUGAUAGACAAAUUCGAUUAUGGGGUUUAGAAUCACAGAAACGGCAAGUAUAGUUUAACUUAACCUAGAAGUUUUGUAACAAUAAAUAAAUCGUUAUUAUACGAAUAAAAUUUUUACAAAAUAGAAUAAAUUUAUUUUAAGGAAUUAAUUAUAAAAUACAUUAGUAAUAUUUAUUUAGUAUAUAAAUAAUAUACAUAUAAAUGUUCAGUUUAAAUUGACGUGCAAUAUUAAACAAUUGUAGGUUACGAGCAGCGAAAAUUUUACUAAUAGGUUUAAAUGGGUAUGGAGCGGAAAUAGCAAAAAAUAUUAUUCUAGCAGGUGUUAAAGCAGUUACAUUUUUAGAUCAUAGGAAUGUAACAGUCGAGGACUGGUGCUCACAAUUUUUAGUACCUAGAGAAUCACUCGGAAAAAAUAGAGCUGAAGCAUCUGUACCAAGAGCACAAAAUUUAAAUUCUAUGGUUGAUGUAAAAGCAGAUACAUCUAACGUCGAUGAUAAGCCAGAUACAUAUUUUAGUGAGUUUGAUGUAGUUUGUGCAACACAAUGUACUAUUAUGCAAAUAAAAAGGAUUAACGAGGCAUGUAGAAAACACAAUGUUAAAUUUUUUGCCGGAGAUGUAUGGGGAUUGUUAGGUUAUACUUUUGCUGAUUUGAUGACUCAUGAAUAUGCCGAAGAUGUAGUACAAACAAAGAAAAUACAAAUCUCAGACAGUGGUGAACCUAUGCAAAAGGAAAAAUUUGAAAAUAUAAUUGUAACUGAAAAACAUAUAGAGACUUUUGUACCUUUUAAAUCAAUUUUAAAUGUCACAAAAUCUUCUCUUUCCAAAGAUUCAGAAAUAUACUAUAUGAUAUUAAUAAUGCUCAAUUAUCGCGAGAAGUAUGGCAAAGAUCCAUUACCUAGUGAGAGAGGUUCUGAAAAUUUGAAAGCAGAGGCUGAUAUAAUUAUAAAAAAGUACGAUCUCGAGGAUAAAAUAGAUCAUUUAAUUGAGAGUGAUUUAUAUGCUCAAAUUAGUCCAGUGUGUGCCAUUGUUGGAGGCAUUAUGGGUCAAGAAAUAAUUAAAGCCGUCUCACAAAAAGGUACUCCACACAAUAAUUUGUUCACGUUCAAUCCAGAUACAUUGUGUGGAAAGAUUUUGAGAUUGGGCCACUAAUAAUAAUUUUGCAAGAUGGUACGUCUAAGUAUUUUUUUGUGAUUAUGAUUGACACGAUUAUUUUCAUAAUUUCUCAUUCGAUGUUUCCCAUCAUAAAAAUGAAAUAAAUUUGUUUAAAAACAAAGAAGAGAUA